UUCCGGCCGAAAAAUUUUUUCGACGUCUAAACUAUAUAAGAGAACGGUGUUCCAGUCAGUGUCCCAGUCACUCGUUACCCGACCAGCGCCGUGUGUCGAGAGCAGCAGCAGCUCUGCUUUCUAAUUCCGAUUGUGUCCAACCUCCCACCCGCCUCCCAACGUGACACAGACUGAAUAAAAGAUAACAAGUCACGAUAAGUGCGACGAGAUACCGGAGUGAAUAACAACAACUAAAUUCGUUCAGAAUUGAUGGCGUUAUCGUCCAAGUCACAUCAUCACUCCACGUCCAGCAGUUCGGCCGCCGUGAUGAUGAAAUUCAAGUGCAGCGAAUAUUCGUCGUCGGCAGCUCAUCAGAACUUGUCGUUCCAGUCGUCGUCCAGCGACGUGACAGAACAGCCGAAGAAGCGCCAGCAACAGCAGCAGCAGCAGCCGAGUCAAUUGUCGAGGGAGCUGGACGAUUGUUCGAGCGUCAGCAGCAGCAGCAGCAGUCUGGUCAACUCUGAUUUCUAUUUCUUCGCUAAUAGAGGCGUCGGUGCUGGUAAGGGCAAAGGGCCGGAUGAGAUCAGCAGCGAAACGGUGGACAGCGGCCUGUCGUCCGACACGGAAGGUUUCACUCCGCCGCCGUUGCCUCGCCGGGCCAACAAGAAGGCGGUGGCUCCUUGCAAGUCGGAGAAGCUCGUGAUGCUUAUGGAUGAUUCGCAGUCGGACGUCAGCGCCGAUUCGCUGGCCCUCAACGACGACGCCCAAACGGAAUUGACGUCGUUGGCCAGCAGCAGUGAUUGCGGCGGGCUAGACAACAACAAUGCCAGCCCGUUGACGGGACGUAAACAAGCUCUGCCCAGCAAUCUGUUGACUGAGAUUCGCACCAAAGCCGUCAAGCUCCAUCACUACCAGCAGCCGCAAUCGGUCAAAGAGCUGGGCAAAGCCCUCGACUCGCAAUUAAAACUCCAGCGCAGCAAGAGCUCAUCUGUGCCGCCGUCACGUAGCCGCAGUCUCAUUCUGCCCAUUCCGCCACAGCCUCAGCAGCAGCAGCAGCAAAUCGCUCCGUCGUCGUUCGACCCGUCCGACUGCUACUACCAGCGGUUCCACAUGUGCGAGUACAUCGAAAUCGACAGCAAAAACAACAACAACAACAUCAACAACAGCAGCCAGCCGGAAUCGCCGAUUGACGACCUGAGCUUCGUCGGUUUAAAAGACAUUUUGAAUGUCGAGAAGAGUGGCCAAACCAUCAGGAGCCACAAGAGCGGCACGGUCCGCGGAGUGCGGAACCGCGUCCGAGCCGGAAUCACCACCUUCCUCCAGGGCAAGACCUUUAAGAGUUACGCGGAACGGGAGCACGGCAAAGUGGUGGUGUACACGACGUCGAUGGGCGUGGUCAGGCAGACAUUCCAGCGCUGUUUGCAGGUGCAGCGCAUUCUGGGCACGUUGCUCAUCAAUUACGAGGAGCGCGACGUCUCCAUGAACCGACAAGUGCAACAGGAACUCAAGGAGCGGAUGAAUCGCAAUCGCAUCGUCAUUCCGCAAGUCUUUGUCGAGGGACAGCUCCUUGGCGACGCUGACGCCAUUGAAAAAUUGAACGAAAGUGGCGACUUGAGGCAGAUCCUUCGCCGUUACAAGCGCGUUGGACCGGAAACCAUCUGCGAUUCGUGCGGCGGCUACCGCUACCUGCCGUGUUCCGUCUGUUCCGGCUCUAAGAAAUCCAUCCACCGCAACCACUUCACCGCCGAGUUUGCGGCUCUCAAGUGCAUCACCUGCAACGAAGCGGGUCUCAUCCGCUGCGUCGCUUGUUCAUCCACUUCGCCCGCUUGAUCCACCAGCUUCUCUCCAGUUUACUCCGCACAAAAGAAGAAUAAGGAAAAACCCAACUAAUAAAAAGCAAACCGGAAAUCUCUUUCUUUCUCUCUCUCUCUCUUCUCUUCCAAUUUUUAUUUCUUAUUUUUCUUUUUUCCACUUAAUCAUUUUUCCACAUAAAAAAGAAAAAUUCAUCCACUUGAAUUUUGUCGGUCGUUUUCUCCACUCCCAAGUAAUCCAUUUUUAUAUAACAAGAUUAUUUUUUAUCGCGUACAACAACAUAAUCUGGAGUUUCAGUGUGUGUCCUAAUGGGUUUCAUUUUGAAUGCAAUUCCUUACCAAUCGAGCGCCAACAAGAUGUCAAAUCGUGUUGGCGACUUUAUAUAGUUGUGCUUUACUACUUACACUCGGUUUGACCAUGUCAUUUUCUACAUUUUUUAGGAUAAAAAUCAAUUUUUCGAAAACUAACAAAAAAACAAACAAACAAAUGGAAGCGACGAUUCAGAGACGUGCAAAUGUUGCGUGCGUGUAGUGUGCUAGCUUUAGAUUUCUUAGACAUAAUAUCCACCACCAGUUUAUUAGUUUCUGUGUGUACAUGAUCUGUGAUAUGUAUGUCGAAUGAAUGUUGAUUGACUUUCCACAAAAUUUUUUUGAUUUCCAAAUUUUGACUGUGGCAAUGUAAUACAGACAGAGAAGUGAACAUAUGA